AACUUAGCCACUCACCAACCCCCCAUCGAUCUAUUCCCUUCUGCGAACAAGAAUGGCAAUUCACUGCUUGCAGGAAGUAUUAUGUUACAAGAGUGCGUCUUUCUCCCCUUCUUUCGAUUUGUCAUCAUGAGUUGAUCCAAACGUUUGCAGAAUCGCCCAGAACGCAGAAACGGCUGGUCAAGCUUGCCGGAUGCUGCAGCCCCAGCGCGCUCAUACACUUCUCGAAGGCCUUCGAAACAAGCUUUCGGUCGUGUCAGACUUGAUCUCUAGCCUCACUGACGUUUCUUUGUCGGAUUCGAAGGUCGGAACACCGUAUGGCAACGAAACCAAGGUCGACUACUUUUCUCCGCCACCAUCAUUACCGUCUAGCGGCGAUCCGGUCCUUUCAUUCCCAAUAAUUUCUUCGCCAUUAUUGCCAUCAUUGGUUGGUGCAGAGGAGCGGCGCAAACGAUGUGCCUCCACUCUGGAAGAGGAACGGCCUGUCAAGACUCUCAAGGCCGAGCCUCAAGACAACACUCCUUUGUUUACUACGCCGUCGGCUUCUCUUCCUUACCAUGUCAACAGCCUUCCCCAGUCUCCCCCACCUUCUCGGCCGGCAUCCCCACCCUUCACGUUCACUGCUGGAAAACCGCAGCCCUUACCGCCAAACUACAAUGUGUAUACCGGUUCUGGGGAUCUGUUCUUGGGUAGCCCUACCCAACUGUCCCUGCCUCCCCAUCGUACAUCCUGGUCAGAAAGUAUCGUGCCGACACGACACUCACAUUCUUUAUCUGCGAGUGCUAUCGGCGGCCUUGGUACACCCGCGGGUGAUGCCGGCAUUCCGAGGGUACCUCCGUAUCCCGGUGCCAGUGCUCCCGUCGGUCGGAUGACCCGCUCAGGCUCAAUUGGCGGCGCGUUCGGUACUCCCUUCCCUUCCUUUGAUUAUGCGAAGCACUUCGGUGGUGAUACAUGGCCUACUGCUCCGGUCCAGGAUGCUUUUCCUGUUUUGCCCCCUUUGAAACGGUCGGGCAACAGCUAUGACAGUUCUCUGCCGACGACUUCGCAUUUCGCUAGACGUGGCUCUCACGGGUCCCAUACUCGGGAAUAUGAUGAAGCACCUGAAGACGAAGAUGGUGAUGACGAUGACAGUGAAGAAUUAUCUCCCCCGAGUAAUAAUCAUCAUCUGACAUCGCCAGAUCACACAACUUCAUCAGAUGUCCCUCAGGAGUAUCGUUCCGAGGUUGACCGCAUUUUCUUCGAAUACCUGAAUAGGAUAUGCUCUAAUCUCGACGCUACUGAUUCGAAAGGUGAAGCAAUCCAUCAAACUCUCAUGGCGAAGAAAAUGCAGCGGUUAGAUGAAUCGCCUGAUUUCCGACCAUUUAAGUUCCGCAUCCAGGCCUUCACUUCGGCGUUCUUGGAUGAGCUGGCAAGGCAAGGAUAUCCCGAAGACAAAAUACCGAUGAAAAAAGUACGAAAUUACCUUUGGCGGCAACCCCAUAUCUUGCGGUUUAACGAAGAUGGGAAAAAAGCAAAGUCUAAAGGGAACCACAUUUGGAACGUUGAGGCGAAGAAGAUCGGAGAUGGGAGAUGGGACUUCCGCCCAUUCUACCGUAAGCUGGCGGGCACGCCUCCCAGUGUCGCAUAUUGUGGUCUCCGCUGGCAGUGGACGCCGAGAGUAUGGGACCCCCAAGCAUCUUGGCAGAAUGUUCCGGUACAUUAUAGCUCCCCGUAUCUUCCUUCUUGGUUAUCGUGGAAGGACGAUACACUAAGCGGAAUUCCACCUCCUGACGCUCAGAGUUGUGAAGUCACUGUCAAUGCAACGUUCAAUCUAGACGGUCAAGAGGGACAUCUGUCUCAUAGAUUUACCUUGAAUAUUGCUCCCGUAGCCUCGAUCGACUCAUCAUUUGGACGUUCAUCGAUCGUUCAUGAUCUGUCCGGCGUAAAUGACCUAUGCGUGGGCGGUCAACGUGUUUCCGCACGUACAAACACAAGUGGAUCAGACGAUACUCCAGCUCGUGUUGUCACCGUGCUCCAAAAUGUUGCGCAACGUGUGGCCGAUGAAACAACGCAUAUACAACGUUCCAGCCCUCCUUCAAAACAACAGGACUUGGGGGACCUUAUGAGGCAGCAGCGUGUUCUUGAGCACACGAUGAAUGCGUACGACAAAGCCAUGGCAGGUCCUACUCAUUCUGACACUAAACGCUUGGCUCGGGCUGCCGCGCAGAUCGUGGCCGAAGCCGCACAAACAGCUGUCGCUCCUAUGGCUGCAGCUGCUGGCAUGAUCCCCACUGAUGCCAUGGCCAUCCAGUCCGCGUCUGUCAGUGAUAUGUCAGAUGGAGUGCAAAGCGCUCUUGCUGCAGCAGUGAAAAUGGCGGGGCACGGCUCUAACGAAGUUGAUGUCGUGAUGACAACACAGUCCCUUCUUGCUCAUUCACGGCGAGGUGACAGGCUCGAACCGCGUCAUAAUAUGGUUGUAAGUCAUGGUGGCGUGUCUCUACCGACCCCUCAGACUGUGUCUGUGUAUCCGUCGGCGCUUCCCAUUUAAGAUGAUUAUUUCUAGGGUAUAUAUUGGAGAACAAGUUGUUUUCUCUUUUUGUCUUUUCCUAGGGUUUCACGCUUGUUUCUUGGUUUUCGGCGGGACUAAACAUCGUACGUCCGUAACAAAAGGU